GAUGCAAGUUUACUAGUGUGAAAGCUUCCUUUUACUUGUUAAACGUAUUUUCAGGUAAUUGACUACGACCUCCUCAAGCUGAAAUAUGACUUCUUAAUAACCAUCAAAUUUUGCUAGUUUUGAAGCGCUCCCCUAAUUGCUUUGAGUAAUAUAUAUAAUUAGUACGAAUAGAUUUGUUAGUGAGACAAAAAUAUGGAAGGCAGCAAACUUUAUAACCCAUACGAAAAAGUGCCGCCGGGUGAAGAGAUUGUGAUUUCUGGUAUCGCCGGUCGAUUUCCCGAUACAGACAAUAUGAAGGAGUUGCAAGUAAAUCUUUUGAACAUGAUGGACCUAGGUUCGGACGACAAUCGACGAUGGAAGAACGCUCAUUAUGACAUGCCAGAUCGGUCAGGAAAGAUUAAUAAUAUAAGUAAGUUCGACGCAGAGUAUUUUGGUAUUUCAUCUGUGGAAGCGCAUAUUACUGAUCCUAUGUGCAGGAUGUUGCUCGAGCACACUUAUGAAGCACUUAUCGACGCCGGUGUAAAUCCCAAAGAAUUACGAGGAACGAAAACUGGUGUCUUUAUAGGAUCGUGUUAUUCUGCAUCGGCCAACAUGAUUCUCUUUACCAUAGCUCAGUCACCUGGAUACUCAGUUAUUGGUUGCGGUAAAUACUGGCUAACGAACAGUAUUUCUAAUUGGCUCGGUCUUACUGGACCAUCUUAUGUGGUGGAUACGGCCUGCAGUUCAAGCCACUACGCUAUUGCGGAAGCUUUCAGAAUGAUACGAGGUGGAGAGUGCGACGCAGCUAUCGUGGGUGGUGCUAAUCUGUGUCUUCAUCCCAAUAUAACGCUUCAAUUUUUUCACCUCGGAGUCCUCUCCGCGGAUGGUUACUGUAAGCCCUUCGAGGCGAGCGGUACGGGUUAUAUGCGCAGUGAAGCAAUCGCAGUAAUAUAUCUACAGAAAGCGAAGAACGCGAAACGAAUCUAUGCUACCCUCGUCUACUCUAAAACUAAUUGCGAUGGUUGGAAGCCAGAAGGGAUUACAUAUCCUUCUCUCAGUAUGCAAAAGAAAUUAUUGGAAGACUUUUACAAUGAUUGCGGCAUCACACCUGAAGAGCUGUCCUAUAUGGAGGCCCACGCCACUAGUACUUUAGCAGGAGAUCCGCCAGAAGUUAACGCCAUCGAUCAGGCUUUAUGUUCAAAGAGGACUACUCCCUUAUUGAUAGGUUCGAUAAAAUCAAAUCUCGGGCAUUCUGAACCUGUUAGUGGUCUUUGUCAAGUGGCAAAAGUACGUAUUUUAGCUCCUUAACCAGCAGAAACACAUUCGCAAGAAAUGAAUUAGCACGGAACAUAAUAUUACAUUUUGAUAUGUCUGGUAGUUUAAUAUUUCUAAAAUUGUAUUGGAGACUUGAAUAAGUUCUUGC